GCACUUUCUGGACAUUGUUGUGCAAACUCAACGUCAGGGAUUGAGAAUCCAGUAGCCAUAUAAAACACUCGAAAAGUCGGUAUUAGGUCAGUUCAACUCUUGGAUCGUAUUCUACUUCGAGUGAAGUAUCUGGAGGGGUGGUUGUACGUCAGUGUAAUUGUGUUCGAAACCGUUAUUUUUGGUCAACUAAUGCAUAACUGUCAUGACCGCAACACUGGAUGAAAAGCGAUAAACUAUUGUUUUUAGUCAAAUAUCCUCAAAGACAUAUUUCAUAGGUUGCAGUAAUACAAUUCGUGGAGGUGUCAGUUCAGCGAGAGUAAACUUGGACUGUAAAAAAAAACGUUUUCUUACUUUUUUAAUUUGGAUUAGCGUCGGGUUGAACAUGGCAGAAGGAGACUUCUACACGCUUGGAAGUAGGCAGAGGGCACCCCGAGAUCCGUUCAGAGAGAGUCCGUCUCUCGCUUCCCGGUUUAUGGACGAUGACUUUGGAAUGUCCACUUUUCCCGAAGACUUGUCAAUGGACUGGCCUGGUUGGGCUCGGCCUAGUCGGCUUAGCUCGCGGCUUUCCGCGCCGUUUACGGGCUCUCUGCGCACUGGGUUUCCACCAACGCGCGCAUCGACCGGGCAGCCGCAGGUAUACAGCACGAGAUACAGCGAGUCUCCCCGCAGCUCUCCGACCCAGACACCUGGAGAGCCAUGGAAAGUCUGCGUAAACGUCCAUAGCUUCAAACCAGAGGAACUUAACGUCAAAACCAAAGAUGGUUUUGUAGAAGUAUCAGGGAAACACGAAGAGAAGCAGGAAGAAGGAGGAAUAGUGACAAAGAACUUCACAAAAAAGAUACAGAUUCCAACUGAUGUGGACCCUCUGACAGUCUUCGCCUCCUUGUCGCCAGAGGGGGUGUUGAUUAUCGAGGCGCGGCAGAGUCCCCCCUACUACCUCUUCAGUAACGAAAGUCCCCAGGCAGAGAUGGAUGCCAGUCAAAGCCAGGAGGCCAGGCCCCAGGAAGCCACCAUGGUCUAGGACAAAGCCCAGGACCGAGCUCUCUUCCCUGGGGAGAAACAGGCUCAGCUCGGGCACCCCUCAGGAUGAUAUUGAGCGGAGUAGUGGAGGGGUAAAACAAGAUCAAUACCCUAGAGACCCUCAGUAUCAUUUUGUAGAGAUUACUCCAAAAAGACACCCUAAUCCCAGAUAGUUCACUGCAUAGAUACUAGGGUGCCAAAGAAGCACCCCAAUUUUCCUUCUGAGUGUUAAGUAAUCACUCAACCACACCCUUAAAAAAAAGAUGACAUGAUGUUAGUGUAUUUCUCGGGAGGAACACAGAUUACUUCACUAAUUAAAUAAAAAUGCCCGAAUUAGAUCAAUUCCUAUGUCUUAUAGAAGAGUUGUUAUAAACAGCAUCCUGUCUUGCAAUAGUGAACUGACUCCAGAUACUAAACUAAGCGGGCUAGAAGUAGGCUGGGGCCCUGUUCUGCUUCUUUCAUCAGGCUGCAUCUUCAUUUUCUAGAUAACAAAAACCAUUAGACAGUUGUUCAUUUACAGAGUAUGACAAUGCAGUGUGUUUUCUAUGUAAUUUCUAGUUUUUUUUGUUCAAUCAAAUUAUGCUGAAUGCCUAAACGGAAGAAGCACGUUUAAAUGGAUAUGCAAAUAAAGUCAUCCUGUGGCUUCUUUUCUGAGUGGGAAAACUUAAUCAAAGGGCUGUUCCUAAUACUACUGUGUGUAUCCAUGUACGUCUAUGAUGAAACUGUUCUACCCUAAUGUAAGCCAAUGGUCUGUAAAUAAACUGUACGUGUUGGUACGUGACUACUCUUUAGACACAUAAUGUUCGAGUGCCAUGGUUCCUUUAUCUAGAGGUCUUACAAAACAAUGUUCUUAGAUUUUUUUUUUGUACGUGAUGAAAUCGAACUUCCCGUCUCUUCUCCUCCCUCCCUCUUCUCCUGUCCUCCUUUUUUCUCCUCCUCCCCGAUUUCUUUGUAUUUGUUUAUGCAAUAAAACCUCCCGUCGAUCCAGGCGUGUGCGUUCA